CGGCAGCGGCGGCGGCGGCGGGAAGGGGAGUCCCGGCGCUCGGCGGCGGGGACGAUGCCGGUCCAUUCCCGGGAGAAGAAGGAGAACAACCACGAUGAGAUGGAGGUGGACUACGGGGAGAACGAGGGCAGCAGCUCGGAGGAGGAGGAGACCGAGAGCUCCUCGGUGUCCGAGGAAGGGGACAGCUCAGAAAUGGAUGAUGAGGACUGUGAAAGAAGAAGAAUGGAGUGUUUAGAUGAAAUGUCCAAUCUUGAAAAGCAAUUUACGGACCUUAAAGACCAACUUUACAAAGAAAGAUUAAGCCAAGUGGAUGCAAAACUACAAGAGGUCAUAGCUGGAAAAGCACCUGAGUACUUAGAACCAUUGGCAGCUUUGCAAGAAAAUAUGCAAAUCCGAACAAAGGUGGCAGGUAUCUAUAGAGAGCUUUGUCUGGAAUCUGUGAAGAACAAGUAUGAAUGUGAAAUUCAAGCCUCUCGACAGCACUGUGAGAGUGAAAAGCUUCUGUUGUAUGAUACUGUACAAAGUGAACUGGAGGAGAAGAUUCGAAGACUUGAAGAAGACCGGCAUAGCAUUGACAUUACCUCAGAAUUGUGGAAUGAUGAACUACAGUCCAGGAAGAAAAGGAAGGAUCCAUUUAGUCCAGAUAAAAAGAAACCUGUUGUUGUGUCAGGCCCCUAUAUAGUUUAUAUGUUGCAAGACCUUGAUAUACUCGAAGACUGGACAACGAUAAGGAAGGCAAUGGCUACACUGGGGCCGCACAGAGUAAAACCAGAACCACCUGUCAAAUUGGAAAAGCAUCUACACAGUGCUAGGUCUGAAGAAGGAAGACUCUAUUAUGAUGGAGAGUGGUACGGACGUGGACAGACAAUAUGCAUUGAUAAGAAAGAUGAAUGUCCUACAAGUGCCAUAAUAACAACAAUUAACCAUGACGAAGUUUGGUUUAAAAGACCGGAUGGAAGCAAGUCCAAGCUGUAUAUUUCUCAGCUACAGAAAGGAAAAUAUUCAAUAAAACAUAAUCACAACUGACCAUUUCUAACCAGAUAUGAAACAAAUGGUAUUGCCAUGCUUGAUGUGCCAUGGGGUGAAAGUUGUAUUUAAUAGCGUUUUGUGUCCCCAUAAAUUUUCGGCAGUAUCGGAUGUGUAUUUGUAGUGCUGUACGUAAUCUUCAUAUGGAUGGCCUUCAGAAACCCAAGGAUCAUGUUGACAGAUGCUUUACCUCUAAAUUGGGUCCAGUGCCUAAGAUAUGAAGUCUGCUCUGCAAGUAUAACAGCUCAGAACUUCUCAUUAAAAGUCGUAUUUGUAAAAUGAAAGGGGAAAAAUAAAGAGGAAUUUUUAUCAGAGAUGAUCAGUUUGCAUGAAAAAAGCGAUAACCACAAUUUCCAGCAACUUGUUUUGUUUUCAGUUCAGUGAACAUGUCAUGCUUCUCAUGUGGAUGUAAAUUUAGGCUGUUCAGCUGUUGCUUUUGAAUAGUUUGCAAUGUGCAUAAGCAUCCUGCCACCGCCAGUGGACUGAUUUAUUAAAACAAUUGCCCUGGGCAGUUCUGCUAGUACUGACUGUGUGUCAUAUUUUGUAAGGUUUAUUGUUUUGCUUGUAAUGAGACAAAGCCAGUGUUUUAAGGUAUGUUUUUUGAGAAGGACUUUUGCAGUUCAGGACCCUAGCCUAGAGUAAAUAAACCAUUGGUGAAUUUUCUUUUUUUUCUUUUUUUCCUCCUUUCCCAGAUUGCUAGCAGAAACUCAUGCAUAAAGUAGAUAGUGUUGCUCCAACCUGUGUUAUAUGUGGCCCACAAAGGAUGACUGCUGGGGUAUUUAUGUAAAUAAAUAUUGUUGCAUGCUGUCCUUGUUUUGUCCACAGUUCUAUGAAAUAUUAUAAAUCUUCUCAAAAUGAAAAUAUAUCCCCAGAAAUUGUAUAUCUGGGCAAAUUUACACUGACUUGUUCACCAAACAUUAUUUUCCAAAUUUGUGUAACUUAUUUCAUCUUAGAAUUAUUUCAUGAAUCUUAGAAAGCUGUACUUCCUUCCUGUUUAAGCCACGGAGAAAAAUCCUAAAUCCUUAACAUUACUGUGAUGUGCUUGGGUCAUCUAGAAUGAUAGGUGGGAUUGCUGAAGAAUUAUUAACCUGUUGGUUAUGUGCACUUUAAUCUCCAGUUAUGAUGGCUCUGCUUGGAGAAAGAAAGCAUCCAUUUGCUUUAAAUGAUCACAGCAAAUAAGUAUUUUUAUUGUAACAUAGAAAUGUUUAUUCCUAUAUUAUUUGUCUCUUUUAGUGCAAGGUGAUAACUACUUUCCAAAUGCCAAAUGUCUGAAAUAAUACUUCGGUUUCUGCCGAGUGAUGCUUUUCUACAAAUGUAUGACAUUACUAAUCAAAUGUACAUAAAGUAUCAAUUGACAUGUUGGCUUUUAACAAUAUUAACUGUAUGUAUACAGUUGUUUGAUAAACUUUUUGUAAUAAAAUAUUCGUAUUUUUUAACUUAGUGUAUAA